AUGGUCAAAGCAGUGCCCACACCUGUGGCGCUGCCAGUCACACAAGGCAGCUCAUCCUCACUUUCCUUCACGCAAGGAUUUCUGCUCGGCCAGCUUUCAAUCGCGAUUUUGAUGUUUUGUUUCAUAAAGUUCUUUAUAUUUGGAGAGCCACCAUCUGCCGACGAUCGCGCGUUACACCUCAAUUCCCUCCGCCGAGCUCGAACCCUAGCACACCAACAAUCGUACAAGCAACUAAGGACGCGCGCAAAUUCAACGUCCCUGUCUCUACGCCACAAACCGUCAAGAAGCAUAAUACGAAAGGGCGAAGAGAGCAGAGGAGGACCAAGCAUCACAACUAUCCUCGCGAAGACCUACUACAACGUAAAGGGACACCAGCCGGAGAGCUUAGACUGGUUCAACGUGCUCAUUGCGCAAACAAUCGCACAGCUGAGAGCCGACGCGCGGCAGGAUGAUGCAAUCCUCACAUCGCUCACCGAAGUCUUGAACACGGGCAGCAAGCCAGACUGGAUUGGCGAGAUCAGGGUAACGGAGAUAGCGUUGGGCGAUGAGUUCCCCAUCUUCAGCAAUUGCAGAGUAAUGCCUGCAGAAGACGGAUUUUGGUACGGGCCGGGAAACACAGGGAACGAGAAAGAGAGACUACAGGCACGGAUGGACGUUGAUUUGAGCGAUGUCAUUACCAUUGGCGUUGAGACGACACUGAACUUGAACUGGCCGAAACCCAUGUCUGCAGUCUUGCCCGUCGCGCUUGCUGUGAGCAUUGUACGGUUCUCUGGGACACUGGCCGUGUCAUUCAUACCCUCUUCCUCACCUCCACCUACCGCUGCGCCCAUGACCUCGCCAACGUCCGAGACACACCGAGGCUCUUCUCCAAGCCGUCCAGCAUCAUCAUCUGGCGCACCACCGCACCGACCUACAACAUUAGCGUUCACCUUCCUAGACGACUAUCGUCUCGACCUCUCCGUUCGUUCCUUAGUUGGUUCACGAUCCCGCCUGCAAGAUGUACCAAAAAUCGCUCAGCUGAUCGAAUCUCGCGUCCACGCUUGGUUCGACGAGCGGGCAGUAGAACCCCGCUUCCAACAAAUCGUGCUCCCCUCACUCUGGCCUCGAAAACACAACACGCGCGGCGGAAGCGCCACCGAAGACGCCGACGCUGCAGCCGGAGAAAACGAAAAUGACGAGGAUGAUGAGAUCGCCGUCAUGGAAGGAAACGGUACCGCUCCAGGUUCAACAUCUUUCAUCCCUAGUCCGAUUGCUGAGAACGCUACUCUGGAAGAGCGUAUAGAAGCUGAAGGCCAGAAAAUGCGGGAAGCCGAGAUCAGAGCUGGGGUCAGGAAACCCAGUGCAAGUGACUCUCGUAGUCGGAGCAGGAAUAAUCGAGAAGAUGGUAUGCGAUGGCGGGGUGAGCAGAGAGAUCGAGAUAGGCCGAAGGGACCGCAUGGUCGACCGAAGUUACAGAGUCGGACCACGACUGGUAUUGCGGGAGCUAUACCUGGCGCUUUGCCGAGAGGAUAG